AAAAAUGGAACAAACAUGUCAUAUAGCGAGACAAAUAAGUGAUCUUUCGUAUCUUCUGCAAAAUGUCGGGGGAUAUUAAUCAAGAGUUUUGACCGCUAAUCCCGCCGUUUUGACUCGAAUGUCACCCCGGUAAGUAUCAACACGAAUGACUUAACACGCGAUCUUGUUAUAAAUGGAUCAUAAUUAAAUUCCAGAACCUUAGAGUACACGUAUGACGUCGAGACCUGUCCGUAAAUGGCAUAAAUUAAAAGCUGCUACCAGAGGAAGUGGCCACAGGUUUGAGUUGCUGACACUUGUCCGCCACUAGAUGGCGAAAGAAACCACUGUUUUGUCAAAUAUAUACUGUACCUGCAGUUAUACAGUACCUGCACCCGAAACAUUUUGCAGUUCUGCACAUUGCAAGUCAAUAAAUUGUGCAAAAACGUACCGAAUUUUUGAACAGUUGUCACCAAUUAAAUAUUUAUGAAUUAGCAACAAAUGUCAUUUAAUUCCAGCCAUAAUACGCAAGGUUGAUUUAAAAAUACAAAUAAAAUAAUAAAAAUGUGUCCAGAUGAAAAAACUAAGGGCCGAAGCGAAACUUAAAUUAAAUCGUCACACAAUACCACCGUCCUAAAGAUGUAAAAUAAACCAUUAUAUUUAUUGAUACCUAAAUACUUGAUGUCAUGAAAGUGAAGAUUUUUACGUAUCGUAUUCUCAAUACAGUUAUGCACACCACUAUUUCACUGUCUCACAACAACAUUAAUUCAAUUCGAGACUGCCCUUGUCACUAAAAUUCAAAACAGUGUGACUUAAUUUUCCCGUACUCACGCAUGUGAUCAGUACAUUUGCAAAGUUUUUUUUUAAAUUCGUGAAUAUUUUUUGUUCCUGACUAACUUCUGCUUCACUUUUCUGUACAUAUAUUAUUAAUAUCGAGAAAAUUAGUGGAAAUGUAAAUAUUUUGAAAAUCAUGUUCGGGGCCAUUGUGAGAAUGAAUAACAAAAAAAACGUAUUUUUAAUUAAUGGUGAUAAUUUGUGCAAAAGCAUUGAGAAGCCCUGUACAAGUGCGCGGAAUUGUCUUACAAGUCGAGAGGACAAAUGGACAUUUCCAAGUUUAUUGACACAUUCAAUAUGGCAGCGACAUUGACGCGAUUCACCGCCAAAGAUGGCGUCUAUUUGGCUCUAGCUUAGGAAGCCAGUGCCAAGGUUGCGGAGGAAGGCGGGACUCCACCGUGGUCCAACGUGUUGAGUCGAGUGCCCCUCGCCAAGGUUGGCUCCGGAGCUGUUCGCCCUCCACAGGCACGCCCGCGUCGAGCCGAGCAGCCGCGGCUUCUCGCUCGUCCACUCGGGCUACACCGACAUCGCAUGGCCGCCGGGGCGUGCUGCAAGUGUCCCAUCUCGCUGGCCAUAUUCAAGCGCUCUCUAUCUGUCGCGCCGCGGGGUCCGACGCCCGCCUGUCCCCGCUCGCUGCUGUCGGGCCGGAGGCUGGGCGAGCGGGGCCUGCGGGAGGCCGCCCGGGCGUCCAGUGCUCUGAGAGCGGCAGGCUUCGGUCGUCACGCGGCCUUGUGUUGUCUGUCGUGCCAGGAGUCCAUGAGCCAGAGCCUGAGGACGUGUUACAUAUACCUAAACCAGACCAGCAGGAGUUUCGCUGCAGUCAUUCAGGCCCUGGACGGCGACCUAAGACACGCCGUGUGCAUUUUCUACCUGGUGUUACGGGCAUUGGACACGGUGGAGGAUGAUAUGAGCAUCCCCCUGGACAGGAAGGUUCCCAUGCUGAACAAUUUCCACACCUUCCUGUACCAGGACACCUGGAGCUUCAGCGAGAGCCAGGAGAAAGACCGGCAAGUUCUGGAGGACUUCCCCACGAUAUCUUUGGAGUUCCGAAACCUGGCUGAAGAGUACCGGGAAGUCAUCUCAGACAUCUGCCACCGGAUGGGAGUCGGAAUGGCCGAAUUCCUAGAGAAGAAAGUGGGAUCCAUGAAAGAAUGGGACAAGUAUUGCCACUAUGUGGCAGGGCUGGUGGGCAUAGGCCUGUCUCGCCUCUUCUCGGCGUCCCAGCUGGAGGAGCCGGAGGUGGGCUGGGACACGGACUUGGCCAACUCCAUGGGCCUGUUCCUCCAGAAAACAAACAUCAUCCGAGACUAUCUGGAGGACACAAAGGAGGGACGUGCCUUCUGGCCACAAGAGGCGUGGAGCCAGUUUGCGGGUCGUCUGGAGGACUUGGCGCAGCCCGAGAAGCUGGAGUCGGCUCUAUCGUGUCUCAACCUGCUGGUCACAGAUGCUCUGCGCCAUUUGCCGGACGUCAUCGCCUACCUGGCCCGCCUGCGCAACCAGAGUGUGUUCAACUUUUGCGCUAUCCCUCAGGUGAUGGCGAUAGCUACUCUGUCAUCGUGCUACAACAACCCCCUGGUGUUCCAGGGCGUGGUGAAAAUCCGAAAGGGACAGGCUGUCACUCUCAUGAUGGAGGCCACCAACAUGCGAGCCGUGCAGAACAUCAUCAGCCAGUACAGUCAGGAGAUUCUGCACAAGGUCUCGCUUUCGGACCCGUCACGGGACGAAACGCUACGUAUAUUGGCGCUCAUUCGGGAAAAAUCUCAGGCGUCGGACGUGCCCGUCAGGACCCAACACCUGUCGCCCGUGUACCUGUCGGCCGCCAUGCUGCUGGCGGCUGUCAGCUGGCAGUACCUGAGCGCCGCGGCGACGCAGGCGCAGGGUGCCGGCGACAUGCAGGGACAGUAAAUUUCUACAAAAGAACAACAAAUCAGACUCAAGAUAGCCUCUUCACUGACCUUGGAGGUUCACUUCUUCAGGAAAUGGACACACCACAAAUAAGCACUUGGUCGCACGUUGCAUGGAAGGCUGUUUGAGCAUUUAUUCAAAGUCCAGCUGAAGGCUCGCCGUACACCAAACGAUGUGACCAAAUACCUUUGAACUGGAUUUCCAAUAAUACAACAUUUUAUUUCACACGAUUCUGUGGCUUAUAAAGUGAAGUGUGGAGAGUCUGUGUCACCCAAAAUGCAAGAGUUGAGUCGGUGACUGGGCAAUCACUGUCAAGAGUCUCUCAAAUAUCCUCAUGAUGUCCUUCAUUUUUUUGCCCGUUUUCUCUAUUAUCAUAUAUUUAUUUGCAUUUCACCCCUGAGUGCACCACAAGGGAACAGACACACCCCAAAUGACAUCGAAAUACAAUAACCAACAUUAAAGAGGACGAGGACAAACAAAAAAGAAAACAACAACCCCAGACUGUUUUAAGGGGAGCACAGUGUGGAUUUGGGAGAAAGACAUCACACAUAGACCCCCACAGGUGGAGGUGAGGAAGUGUUACGGCCAUCAAGGUUCCACCACAUCCCAUCUACAGUUGCGCCAUAAUAGAAAAAUGUAGCCGGAUUGGAGGCUUAAGGAGGAUUCAAAGUCUGUCGAAUGAAUGCUCAAAUGGCUGCACACAACGUUCUACCUCUGCAGGCCCCCCUUUGGAUUGCAGUGUUUACACACAAUUUUGUGCGGUUGAAUUCACCAGUAUUUUGAAAUCCCUGUUCAUGGUUCUUCUUUCACCUUUUGGGGGAGCUAAACCAUGCCUGAAAACUGUCCAAAAAAGGCAAAAUGGUCACAGCAUCCAUGAAAAAAAGUCAAGUACACCCAUGCCUCAAAUUGAGCGGGACAGUGAGCGUUUUGUGGUUUAUUCCUCCUUGGCAAGCUAAGCUGCUUCUUAAUUUUUUUCCCUUCCCUCUGGUGUCAUUCUUGAGGCGUGAGAAAAAAAACAAUGAGCCUCUAACACCACUUUUACCAAUGGACUCAAAAUUGGGUGGACAUCUCUGUCCAAAACAGGAUUGAAAGAAAAGGCGCAAGGACUCAUGCAUGUAAUCGAACAGCAAGUUUUGGUUGAAAGCAGCCAUUUUGGACAAAGUUGUUGAAUUUGCUUUCAGGUUGUAGUUCUUACUUUGCUCCAAUUAAGUUUGCGUAUGCAACACUGAAGCUAAAAAAUAUUGUGUAUGUUUCGAACCCUUGUAGAAAUAUGUUUAUAAUUUUGAGGUGUUUUUUUUAACUGAAAGAGAAUGAUUAAUAGUACUGUGUGAGUGUAUGUGGACUGUAAAUGAGAGCAUUGAGAGGCUGCGAAUGAAGUGUCCUUAAUAGAGCUUUGGCCAGCACAAAGACACCAAAGGUGAAGCGAUAGAAAACAUUGCUGUGUAAUGUGAUACUCAUUAGAUUUGUUUGUACAUGUCAGAGCAAAUAAAGGUGGAAAGGAAAUUA